AUGAUUGAUUUUGGAAAGCAUUUUUAUUCAUGUGUUUAUUUGAACUUCUUUAAUUUUUUAAAUAAGAUAAGAAGAAAUGAUGUUGAAAAUUUCUUAAGAAAUCGAAUAUACAAAAGUUUAAACAAUAUUAUUGAAAUUAAUUUAAAUAAGUUUAGUAUUAAUGUUAAAUUAAUUGAUUAUUUUGUGUUAGAAUUUGAAGGUUUAAAACAGAUUAUUAUUUCAAUUCAAUUUAGUUAA